AGCUGCUCACCAUGGAGUCAUUAACAGGAAGUCAGGCCUGCACCAGGAGGAAGUAUCCUGUACAUGACCUCCCUGUCAGGAACCCUCUGGGUCUGAAGCCGUUGACUGUCUCCACCCGGCUGGUCAGCCUCUUCACCUCUCCUCAGGUGAAGUUCUACUGGAACAUCUUGUCCUACUUCAGCUUCCUGCUGCUGUUUUCUGUGGUGCUGAUGAUCGACUUCCAAACCACGCCCUCCUGGAGGGAGGGGCUUCUCUAUGUCUGGCUCAUCUCAUUGGUCUGUGAGGAGGUCCGACAGCUGUUCCAUGACCCAGAUGGGUUUGGGUUCCGUAAGAAGGCUGAUAUGUACAUUAAUGACAUGUGGAACAUUCUAGACUUUCUGUCCAUACUGCUCUUCAUCAUCGGCCUGGUCUUCAGACUGACCACCAGGUUGUUCUAUGCAGGGAAGGUCAUCCUGUGUAUCGACUUCAUCAUCUUCUGUCUUCGUCUCAUGGCCAUAUUCAUCAUCAGUAAAACUCUGGGCCCCAAGAUCAUCAUCGUCAGGAGAAUGAUGUUGGACAUGUUCUUCUUCAUGUUCCUGCUGAGUAUCUGGGUGGUAGCAUACGGCGUUGCUAAGCAGGGCAUCCUCAUCCACAAUGAGGACAGACUGGACUGGAUCGUCCGGGGCGUCAUCUACGAACCAUACCUUAUCAUCUUCGGGAAUAUGCCCUCUAACAUCGACAAUGCCCUGUUUGACAUCAAGGCCUGCAGUGUAAAUGGUACAGAGUCUCAGAAGCCUAAAUGUCCUAUUCUUAACGAGGACAAGAUGCCUGCCUUCCCUGAGUGGCUGACUAUAAUCCUACUGUGUGUCUACCUGCUGUUUGCCAACAUACUGCUGCUCAACCUGCUCAUAGCAAUCUUCAACUAUACUUUCCAGGAGGUUCAGGAUAACACAGACACCAUCUGGAAAUUCCAGCGGUAUGAACUGAUCAAGGAGUACCACAGCCGACCCGCUGCCCCCCCUCCACUCAUCCUCCUCUCCCACAUCUUCCUCUUCAUCAGACGCAUAGUGCUGCAGAGACCCCCCAAUAGUUACAGAGCCUUCAAGGAGAGGCUGCCUGAGGUGGAGGAGGAAGAGUUAUUAUCGUGGGAAUCCUUUAUGAAGGAUAACUACCUUCUCUCCUGCAGACAGCAGCAGAGCCAGAGCAUGGAGCAACGUACCACAGACACCGCUGACAAGGUUUGCACCAUAACAGAGCUGCUACAGAGGGAGGAGGCCACAGGGUCGGUUGCUUUAGUGAAGAGAUUGACCAGACUGGAGGAGCAGGUCUCCCAGUCAGCCAGAGCUCUCCAGUGGAUCAUGGACACCCUCAAAGCUCAGGGUCUACACUCUAAAGAGGAGGCUCCACAGCUGGCCUCACCUGGUAAGCUGAAGAGGUCUGAAAGUGAACCCAAUGAACCCCAUAGACAGGAGAAGACAGAGAGAGAGAAGAUGUUUUACCAUGUCAACGCCCGGCGUCUGGACUACCCUGACAGUACCAUCCCUCGCUUCCCUGUUCUUGAGGAGAAGGUGCCCUGGGAGGUUGACUUCAUCCUUUACAAUCCUCCUGUUCUGAAUGGAGACAGCCAGGAUCAGACAGAUGGAUCAGAACCUGAUUCUGUAAAGCGUUACAGAAACCCAGGAGGCAGGACAGGCAUGAAAGGAAGAGGAGCACUGACCUGUCUGGGUCCAAACCUGAUCCUGGACCCUGUCCUCACACGGUGGAGAGACAGUGAGAGAUCUGCUCUGGAGUUCCUGGCGGUCUGGGACCAGGAGGAUGGGCUCUGGACACUACCUGGGGGUCCUGUCCAAUCAGACGAGCCCCUGCCAGACAGAUUACUGAGGAUUAUGGGACAGAAGAUCUAUGACAAGAUAAAAACUAAGGUGGUAGAGGUAACCAAGGCUGAGAAUACCGGGGCUGUGUGGACUGGUCCGGUGGACUAG